AUGCAGGACCGAGAAUUCGCUAUGGCCAAGUCACUGCUCACGGUCUUGUCCGGUCGUACACGCACGACCAAAGGUACUGUCUCCUCGUCCUCCUCGACCAAGACCAAACCGCAGACCAGCUUCAGCGCAGCCAACGCAGCUCGUGCCGCCCGUCGUCACCGAUUCGACGACAAGUCGGGCCCGCCGCCACCUCGCGGCUCGCUUACCGACGAAAAGCUCACGUACCUCGACUGGCGGCUCAAGCGUAUCAACAAUGUGCGUCAAAAGUCGGAAGGCACCCCGCAUUGCUGGAUCGAUGGACGAGACACGAUCGGCCGCAACUCUGUAGAUAUCGUACGAAGCAGCCGUGUCGAGCUGGGGCAAAACCACCACCAGCAGCAGCAGCAGCAGCAGCAGCAGCAGCAGCAACAACACACACAGGCACCACAGGCGGUCGUGAUGAUGCCGAGCCGAGUGGCGGCCAUCUACUCGGCUGAAAAGGCUGUGGGUCUCAAAGCCCUCGAGCAUGCCUUUGCCGGCGACAGCGUCCUGGCGUCCAUGCCGUACCUGGCCAAACGUGACUCGAGCUCUGGUUCCGAAUUGUCUGGCUCGUCCGGCCAGCAUUCGUCGUCGUCGGAAGCUCCGCCGGCUGCCGUUCUCGACGCAAAAUCCGACAGAGACGUAGGUGGCGUCUACUUUAUCAAGCCACGAAAGUCGCUUCUCACUCGCGCAGGCUCACGCUUCAGCAACAAGAAGUCGGUUGCCGAAGCCACGAAUGAGUCGAGGCCGGCAUCGCGAAACAACCGUUCGAUUGCUCGUAUCUGGAAUCGUUGA